AUUUUUUGUGCAGGUUUCUUUUGUGGACUCAGUAUGGUAAAAUUGAUUCGUUUAAUCUGCUGAGACUGGAGCAUUUUAGAAUCUUUUUUCAUUGUUAAUUGUAUUUAGUUGAGCUGGUGAGUUUGGUUUGCUAAAUCGAUGAGUUUCGUCUUACGAGGAAUGAGAUCGGAUUUAGAGAGUGGAUUUCCGGCUAUUAUUCCGGACAGGUGGACUCUGCGGAUCCACGCAGGACUUCCGGUUAAUUCCAACUCUCUUGCGUUUCUCGUUACAAGCACUUCUGCUAUUCAUGAUUUUGAAUUCGCAACAGAUGUCACCUAAUUUUCUGCUUUGGCUGGUUCUUGGUGUGUUUUUUAUGGAAACAACGUUAAGAAUGUAUGCUACUUGGCAACAGCUUCAAGCUCAGGCACAAGCCCAUGCCGCGGCAGCGAGUGCACUUUUGGGCCACACUGAACUACGGUUGCAUAUGCCACCCUCAAUUGCAAUUACAACCAGAGGGCGUCUACAAGGUCUUAGAUUGCAGCUUGCUCUUCUUGAGCGAGAAUUCGAUGGUCUUGAUUAUGAAACUCUGAGAGCACUUGAUUCCGACAAUGUCCCCAGCGCAGGUUCAAUGAGUGAAGAAGAGAUAAAUGCCCUGCCAGUUUUCAAGUAUAAGGCCUCUGCCAAAGCAACGACUCUCCGAUGCAACAAGCGUCGUCUUCCAACUUGCUCCUUUUCUCCAUCUCAACAUGAUUUAAUCGAGGAUUCACUCCGGCCAUGAUUUACUUGAAUGGAG